UGUCAUCAGAAAUAUUUCUUUUUGUGUACAAAAAAAAGACCUAAAGUUAAAAGAUUCUACGAGUCGAGCUCCAGAGUGAAUUUUUAAUCUAAAAACCAACUUAAACAAAUAUUCAGCAAUAUUUUUAAAUCAUCCUGAUAUCAUAACAACCAUUCAAACCAACCACAAUCGAUUGCUUGAAAUAAUAGCAUCUGUGAUAAGCAAAGUGUUGAAGCAAUUUUUAAAACAAAAUAAGAAAAACUCAAAACCGCUCAGCGGCAGGCAAUCACAAAAUCCAAUCCAAUCGCCAAGGCAAGAAAACAGUCUAAACGAAAACUAACCACACUAACCAACAAACCAACAGUAAACAACAAAAAUGGAAAAGGCAGCAGUUAAACAGUUCGAAUCCAAACCAUGGCCUGAACUUCAAGACAGUGAUGACAGUGAUAUGGAAAAUGACAUAGAUGUCGAUAAGUUAGCACCAUUGGAAAUAAAUCCAAAUGAAAACCGCUUACAACACACUUAUUGUUUGUGGUUCUCACGCAAAGGUGCACACAGAGCUGUGGAUUAUAGUAAAUCGUUGCGUUUUGUUGGACGAUGUGCAACGGUACAACAAUGGUGGUCAUUGUAUUCUCAUUUGGUGCGACCACGGGAUCUACCGCCCUUCAGAGAGUUGAGUCUCUUUAAACAAGGCAUAAAACCAAUGUGGGAGGAUCCAGCUAAUUCAACUGGAGGCCAAUGGGUAAUACGGCUGAGAAAAAAUAAAAUCGAUCGGGCAUGGGAGAAUGCUUGUAUGGCUAUGUUAGGUGAACAGUUUCUUGUUGGUGAUGAAAUAUGUGGAAUUGUUUUAACAACCAAAUAUCCGGAGGACAGUCUGUCAGUGUGGAAUCGUACGGCCACAGACCUCGCCAGUACGACACGAAUCCGCGACACACUCCGUAGAAUAUUAAAUCUACCUGUUAAUCUAUUAAUGGAAUAUAAGAUUCAUUGUGAUAGCCUUAAAUAUGUAGCAAUAAAUAAAGUCCAACUGAAAAGCUGAAAUUCAGCAAAUACCUCUAAGUUCAGCAGCAGAUACUAACGCCUCAACAUCGCGUUUAUUAAUUCUUUAUAAACAAACAAAAACAAAAAAAGUUAUUUUUAUUUAACAAACAAAAUACAAAACAAAGUUUUUACCUACUUUUUUAAUCAACCUUCCAAGAGUCUUUCUUAAGCUUAUCGUAUCUGAAAUUUUGUAAACUAUAAGCUGUAUGCCCCCCAAUAACAAAAAAAAAAAUAGAAUGUAGUAAAAUUAACUCUAUUCAGAAAAAGAAAUAGUUGUACUAAAAAUAAUAAAACAAUGAGAAAGUAGACAAAAGAAGAAAAAUAAUAUGAAUAACACAAUAUUUAUCAAAAUUUUGUUCCCAAAUGAAUCAAUUUUAUUUGUUUAAUAAAUUGUUUCAUCCUUUUUUAUAUACUCGCCAUAGGUAAUUGAAUUAUCAUUAUAAUUUAUAUAAAAUUUUCUUUUUAAGUUUGGACUGUGUAGUUAAAGAAGAAAACAAAACUUUUAAUGUUUUUCUUUUGUUUUAUAAUUGAAACAAGUUUUGUUUCCUGUUUGUUUUUAGGAAUUAUAAUAUUUUUAUCUGCAACACAAAACAAAAAAACGUUAUGAAAACAUUGUAAUAAAGAUAACAUUACUAUUAUUUAAA